AUGGGAAAUGAGGGUUUGCUGCUGAGCGGGGUCCGUUCAUUGUCCGGUCGGGGCUGGGCGCUCAGGGGUCUCCGCUCCGCGCUGCCCCGCAGAGCUGACCCCGCUCCCCCGUGUCCCGCAGCCUGCGCGGCCGCGGAGCCGCGCUGCCGCCAGCAGCUGCGCCACCUGCAGGACAGCGCCGGGAUCGCCGCGCGGCUGCCGCCCCGCCUGGAGGGGCGCUGGGUCUCCACCGGGUGUGAGGUGCGGCCGGGACCCGAGUUCCUGACCCGAUCCUACCUCUUCUACACCAACCGGCUCUUCAAGGCCCUCCAGUUCUAUUACUGGGACCCGUCCUGCCGCGACCCCUCCUACUCGCUGGUCAUCAAGGGCAAGCUCCGGCUGCGCCAGGCCUCCUGGAUCACCCGCGGUGCCACCGAGGCCGACUACCACCUCCACAAAGUGGGCAUCGUGUUCCACAGCCAGAAGGCCAUGCGGGAGGUGGCCUCCUGGAUCAACCAGACCUCUGGCGAGGGCUGCCGCGGGUUCCUGCCCCCGGGGCGCUCCUGGGCUCCUGGAGCCCUGUACGAGGUGCUGAGCGCCAAGACCGAGCGUGACUGCACCGCGGCCUUGGGCUUCGCCAUGCACGAGCUGAGCCUGCUGAGAGUGGAGAGGCACUUCCAGCCGCUGCUGCAGCCGCAGCAGAGCGGGAGCCGGCUGGUGGAGGAGCUCUACCUGGGCGACAUCCACACGGACUGGGGGGAGAGGCUGCACUACCGCCCCACUGGCUACCAGCGCCCCUUGCAGAGCGCCCUGCACCACGUGCACCCUUGCCCGGCGUGUGGGAUUAUCUCCAGGGCCGAUGAGCACCACCCCCCGAUCCUGCCCGCCCGAGCCGCGCUGCCCAUGCAGCUCAGCGGCAGCUGGGUCAGCACCCACUGCGAGGUCCGCCCGGCCGUGCUCUUCCUCACCAGGUACUUCACAUUCCACGGCAACAACCACACCUGGGAAGGGCAUUACUAUCACUACUCCGACCCGCUCUGCAGGCAGCCCACGUUCACCAUCUACGCCGCCGGGCACUACAGCCAGGGCAUCCCGUCCUCCAAGGUGCGGGGCGGCACCGAGCUGGCUUUUAAAGUCACCCAGGCUCGGGUGACGCCGAUGGACCAGGUGACGGUGGUGAUGCUCAACUCCUCGCAACCGGGAAGCUGCGGGCUGGCGGGCUCCUGGAGCGCCGGCGUGGAGCAGGAUAUAACACCCACGAACGGAUGUUUGGCUCUGGGCAUCAAACUGCCCCACACCGAGUACGAACUGUUCAAAACGGAGCAGGACACGCAGGAGCGCAGCCUCCUCUACAUCGGGGAGCGGCCCACGGACGGCUCCAGCCCCGACAGCCCCGACAAGCGACCCACGUCCUACCAGGCCCCUCUGAUCCAGUGUGCUGCAGCCUCAGAGGAAUUCUCCAGCUACAUUAGUCUGAAAUACGUGGGAAGAAAGGAUGCUAAUGGGAUCGAAGCACUAAAACCUUUGCCUGUGGCCUUUUUAUUGUUUAUAGCACUUCUGUUUUUAAGAUGGGACUAGUUAUCUCUUCAGGUACAAUGCAGAAUUCAGAUAAAUCUUGGUGCUAGCGUGAUUUUUGUAUCCUUCAAAUGAG